UGCUCUUUCACUUCAGUCUGUCUUGCUCAUUUCUUCUCUUACCUAUCUUAGCUUCUCCUCUAGCAUUCUCUACCAGACAAUCACCACCUAUCAUCAAUCAUGUACUCUCGUGCCUCCCGCGCCAUCGUGGCCGCCGUCGCUCGUCCAGCUCUCCGCACCGGCGCCGGUGCUCACCUCGCACCAGCAGCAACAGCCACAGCAGCAGUUGCUUCCCUGCCUUCGCAAUUGACCCCUUCCACAUCUCGAUUCCUUCUUCCGCAACGAAGCUUCCACUCCACUCCCUCAACCCGCAAAGGCAUCUUCCCCGACUCCGCCGACCCCGCGGCCCCGAACCCGCAAUCGCACAACGUCGCCGGCGCCGCCGCCCACGUCUCGGAGCCGUCCCCAUUGACCGAUGGGCAGUACCAUGACUACGCCGAGCACUACCUGAACACCGUUCUCGAGGAGGUGGAAUCUCGUCAGGAGGAGGGCUCAGAGAUUGAGGCCGAGUAUAGUGCCGGAGUCAUGAACGUCACCGUCCCCGGCGUAGGGGUAUACGUGCUCAACAAGCAGCCCCCCAACAAGCAAAUCUGGCUGAGCUCGCCCAUCUCCGGCCCCAAGCGGUUCGACUGGGUGCUCGAGGGCGACCAGAUGCAUGAGAAGCAGGACUCUCGGCCGUUCGCCAACGGGCAGUGGAUCUAUCUGCGCGACGGCACGAAUCUGACCGAUCUGUUGAACCAUGAAUUGACCUUGAACCUGCCGAAGGAUAUUUACAGUGAGUUGGAUUAGUGGGACGGUGCAUCAUUGUCAGGAAUAUAUGGGAUUUUCGUUGCAUUGAAGAGAUGAUUUUACGAGGUGGUUUUUACUAUAAGAAAGGGGUCAUGUAAAUUAUUGACUGUGCUAGGGAGAAUUUCUGGAGACUUUGCUUUUUUUCGUUAUUUCGACUGUCAGGUAACC